GAUAGUCUUAAAAUGGUAACUGGGGAUUGGUAACGUAUGAUUUCGAAUGCGUACGAAGUGUAACAUUAGUUUGACCUACCGCGUUACACUUCGUAAUGGCAGAUAGUGCUUCUGAAUUAGAACUGGAAUCUGAUGCGAGUUCCGUUGAUGGUACCAAAGACUCAUUGGUUACAAAUGAACAGAUUUUACGACGUAUCGAAUCUUUACAGCAAGAAAAUCGAGUUUUAAAAACUGAGGUAGAAACUUUGAAACUCAAGAUCAAAGGUCUGAACGACUUAAAUCAGCAACUGAGGCGUAAUAGUGUUAGUAUACAAGCGAAAGCAGAACAGGAAGAGGAAUAUAUUAGCAAUACUUUGUUGAAAAAGAUCACUGAGUUAAAAAAAGAGAAAGAAUCACUCGCAUUAAACUAUGAACAGGAAGAAGAAUGUCUUACCAAUGAGCUUAAUCGUAAAUUCACACAACUCAGACAAGAAAAAGUUGCACUGGAGCGUACUUUAGCUCGCGAACAAGAAAAUCAGGUCAGCAAAUUAAUGAGACGAAUCGAAAAACUAGAAACGGAUAUGAAUCACAAACAGGAUUGUUUGGAUCGCUUACGCAGAGAGAAAAUUGAAUUAGAGAAUGCACUUGAGCAGGAACAGGAAGCUUUAGUGAACAGAUUAUGGAAAAAGAUGGAAAAGCUUGAAUCUGAAAAGAAAAUAUUACGAGAGAAACUGGAAUCCGUUGGAGCUCCACUGCCCAGCCUUUCAAGUGCCCAAAACCUUGCCACUAUUUCAGAUGGUAUACCUAAUAACAGUUCAACAGUUCCCCGUCCUAUCAGUAGUGGACCCGGUAGUCUUCGUAGCUCUUUCAGACAACACAGCCACCUACCGCAUGCUUCAUCUAGUUCAAUCGGUACCUCUUUUUCUGCUGUUACGUGUCCUGUUUCUCCUGGUAGAAUAUCUAUCUCAUCCGGUAGUGAGGAAAAAGCUCCACAAUCAAGUCAGUGUUCUUCUAUCCCCAACGAUUUGACCUCGAAAUCCAAUGUAUCUGAAUGUAAUGGCGCACCAUUUACACUACCACCUCAAAGUCCCAUGGAUAUCGAUGCAUUGGAUCCUAAUGCAAGUGGUGCAGCUAGUCCAUGUGGAAGUGUUGGUCUGCAAUCACUCCCAACUACUCCAAGUCACUCACACUCUUUAAGAAGUCCUUCAACACCUUGCUCUGUGCAUAAAGUGGUCAUUUCUCAAGAGUCGUUUACUCCUAAUCAGUCAUCAGAUGUCGUUCUUAGUACUUCUGCUCAUGUGAUUUCGACAUCAUACGUUAAUCGAUUGCGUGAUGAAGUUUGUCGUCUACGCCAAUUACUUCAACGCUAUGAAGCGGAGUCUGCUUGUAAGAUGCCUCAGUAUGAAUCAGAGGAAAAAUCAGUUGCUGAGGAAAACCGUCGUUUGCGAAAAUUGCUUCAAGUUGAAAAAGAAAGACGUGAGGCAUUGUCUAGACAUUUGAGUGAAAGCGAAUCAAGUUUGGAAAUGGAAGAUGAAAGACAGUUUAAUGAAGCUAGUCGUUCCACUCGCUUAAGGACGAUUUCUGAUUGUACAUCUCCAUUUCAACCCCCUGUUCCUGCUCCUUGGACGUCUGGUGGUGGUACAUCUUCGUCAUUGUAUGGUCCUGGCCAUGCAUUUGCUGUUGCUGUAGCUGCUGGUGUGAGUGGUCAUUCAGGUACACGAGUUUGUCGGGAAUGUGGUCAACCAUUAACUAGUCCUUUUUCGACUGAUUCUACAUCUGUAACAAGUGGUCGGUUAGUCUCAACUUCAUUGCAUAAUCCUAACCAUGUGGUGAGCUUACGUAAUUGUUCUGGUCGUUGUUACUCUCCAAUCAGUAAUGUAAACACUUCAGAGGCACAUUCAGUUCAUACUUCAAACUCUCCUUCUACACCAACAACAUCAUCUUUAAAUAGUGAUCAUUUUGUAAAGCCAACUUACCCAGCUGCUGUAAGUCCACAACAAAAUCCUUACUAUUAUCAUACAAUCCCUUCUUUAUCUGCUGAUAAUAGUCGGAUAUCUUCAUCAGAGAAACGAUUUUCAACUUAUUCAAUUGAUGAUAAAGAUAUUAUUCAAAAACCAUUAGAUUUAGAAGAUGGAGAUGAAGAAGAUGAUGCUCGAUGUAUUACACCUCCAAGUUGUCAUAAUUAAUAAUUGAAUUCGAAACCUUUUUUCGCGUCUACACAAGCACCCACUACAUGAAGUGUAUUUUAUCACUUUCUACUCACUUUUGAUGUAAACGUUUUCUGUGUGUGUGUAUGCUGUUUUCAUUUAAACCUUCAUUCCUUCUCUCAUGUUACAUAAUUAUGUAACAUACCAUUCAAAUUUGUGUAUAGCUUCACUAAGCACUAUUUUUGUGUUAUUUUCGCGUUCUUCAUCAAAUCUCGACUGUUCGAUUAUUUUUUUAUAAAGAUAUCAUUGGUGAUGAUAAUUAUGCCUAAACACACAAAUAUAAAAAAUGGGUUUUUUCUGAGGGAAAUAGAAAAUUUCCAUAUAUAUUUCAUCAUAGCUUAUGACAAUAAAUUUAAGGUUGUUGCACUGCGUCCUGCUAUUUAUUUCGGUCCUAACAAGUGUUUACUCACUGAUAUGAUGAUAAGCGUGAGUGCUUUCGCUAUUCAGUUGAAUGGAUAGAUAUUUCAUCAAAAUGUAAAGCUUUUAAGUUGCUUUAAGAUUUUAUCUACAAAUUUACCAAGUGUUUUAAUCUAUUUUCCUCGUUUUUCUGACCCAUACUGUUAUCUAUGUAUGCAUGUAUCUGUGGGUGUGUACAUCUAAAUCAAUAUUUUCGUAAUCAGGUGUCUACUUAUAAUUGUUUCAAAUCUCGAACUCUAACCAAUUAACGAAAAAGACAGUUCGCAGAUACACGAUAUGUGUACAUUUUAUUCACAGUCCACUAUUAUUACCAUAAAAUUCCAUUAUUUUUCUUGUAUGGCAUUCUUUGUGUUUUCUUGUAUGCCUUUAACGUACAGUAAGUGGUGUCAGUAACAAUAGUAGUAUUAGUGAGAAAAUAUCUUAUUGCCAUUUUGUCAACUUGUUUUGUCUCUUCGGUAUACGCUUUGUAAAUCAUUCAAUCCUCUUUUAUUGUUUGUUUAGAUGAACAAAUGGGCGUCAUUACUACUUAUUUAUCUAGCUAACUAUCUCUACCCAAUAUUAUUAUACUAUCUGUUAUAUUUUGUAGAACUUCUUCUUCAAUCCAUAUUUCAUACAUAUUUCUGUGUUUUUAUUACUGUGAUGUAAUGUCGCUGUGGUCUUUUGCUUCUCUUAAAUAUUGAAAUAUUCAAUUCGGUGAAUGAUAUCAACAUGCAUAAAUAAUGGAAGUUUUUGUUUAUUUAACAUUUUGAGCACAAAAAAUAAUAAUUCAUAUCUUUAAUAAAUAAUUAGUAUCAUCCAUUAUGCUACUGCUACUACUACUAAUAAUAAUAAUUAUUAUUAUUUAUUGUGUUUUUAAAAAAUCUACAUUUGUGUAUGCGUUGAUAUGUGGAUGUGUGUUUGUACGUUUACUAUUUUAUGAAGUGUAUCGUAAAAGAUUUUCUGUUUGUUUGUGAUUUCGUUAAAUACUGGUUCAAAAUAAUUAACUUACUCUAUAGAUAAA